AUGGUUCUCGGCACUAAGCUAGUUGCAGCGUCAGCUAAUCGUACUGUAGUCAAUGCUCCUUAUGCACCUGCUACAGUUAGAAGGCUGUUUGAGACGGCCAACCAUUUUAACCCACGCAAUCACAAGGUUACAGCGAUCCCUGCGUGGAUUGCUGGUUCAAAAAAGCGUUUGGAUGGAUCUGUACAAUCCAAAACAUUUGUAAAUGUGCUAAGUGACUUUUUUACAGUUGCUCCUUUAGGUGCUAUCAAUCAGCAACGACAUUCAUCGUCUUCUGCUAUCGGUGGGUCACACUCUACAAUAGUUCCCGAUUUCUCCAAAUACAGACGACCCAACACUGGAGAAGAUGCACACCGCGCUUUUACCUAUGCGUUGAUCGGUGCAACCGGAGUUCUAACUGCGGCUGGAACUAAGUCCACUGUAGCGGAUGUUCUCUCUAGUCUGGCUGCAUCGGCUGAUACAUUAGCUAUGGCUAAGGUUGAGGUUAAUUUGAACAAGAUUCCGGAAGGGAGGAAUGUUACAAUUAAAUGGCGUGGUAAGCCUGUGUUUAUAAGACACAGAACACCAGAUGAGAUUGCUGCAGCCGAUGCAGUAAGUUUGACAGAGUUGAAAGAUCCACAGCCCGAUUCAGAAAGGGUGAAGAAACCUGAGUGGCUUGUUAUGAUCGGAGUGUGCACUCAUUUGGGCUGUGUACCAGUUGGUGAAUCUGGCGAUUAUGGUGGUUGGUAUUGUCCGUGUCACGGAUCUCACUAUGAUGUAUCAGGUCGUGUUAGGAAAGGUCCAGCACCGUUAAACCUCGAAAUUCCAGAGUAUUCGUUUGAAGAAGAAGAUAAACUUAUCAUUGGAUAA